AUACGAGAUCGGCGGAAAAUAAUUAAAGUAAAGUCGAGAAAUUUGAGAUUAAUCAUAAAGUUAAGAUUAAUUAGAAAAAUCCUCGGCUAACGUGUUACGUGACCAGGCUCGCCUUCCUUGAAAUUUCGAGAACUUUGCUUGACAAUAUUAAUUCCCGUCGCGACCUCUGUUUUUUCUUUUCACUUAUUAGCCUUCGUUUCUGCGGCUCAGAAACUCAGAAACUCAGAAAUCAGAUUUUAAAAAGGAAAAAAGAAAGAUUGAAGAGAAUGGGUGAUCAUAUUGCUAGGGCGGAGGAAUUCGAAAAGAAAGCAGAGAAGAAACUGAGUAGCUGGGGAUUUUUCGGUUCCAAACAUGAAGACGCCGCAGAACUCUUCGAUAAAUCUGCCAAUUCUUACAAGCUCGGCAAAUCCUGGGACAAAGCUGGAGCAACAUAUGUCAAGUUGGCAAACUGUCAUUUGAAGUCUGACAGCAAACAUGAAGCAGCCACAGCUUAUGUUGAUGCUGCACAUUGCUACAAGAAAUCAUCUGUAAAUGAGGCCAUUUCUUGCUUAGAGCAGGCUGUAAAUUUACUGUGUGAUAUUGGAAGGCUUAAUAUGGCUGCAAGAUAUUAUAAGGAAAUUGCCGAACUAUAUGAAUCUGAACAAAACAUUGAGAAGGCUAUUGAGUUCUUUGAAAGGGCAGCUGAUUUCUUCCAAAAUGAAGAAGUAACAACUUCGGCCAAUCAGUGCAAGCAGAAAGUUGCUCAAUUUUCUGCUCAGAUUGAACAGUAUCCCAAGUCUAUUGAAAUCUAUGAAGAAAUUGCUCGGCACUCACUCAACAAUAACUUGCUCAAGUAUGGAGUUAAAGGGCAUCUUCUCAAUGCUGGAAUAUGCCAACUUUGUAAAGGAGAUUCUGUUGCAAUCACCAAUGCAUUAGAGCGAUAUCAGGAAUUAGAUCCUACUUUUUCAGGAACAAGGGAAUACAGGUUCUUAGCGGAUAUUGCAGCAUCGGUUGAUGAGGAAGACGUUGCCAAGUUCACUGAUGUGGUUAAGGAAUUUGAUAGUAUGACCCCACUGGAUUCAUGGAAGACAACCUUACUGCUGAGAGUGAAGGAAAAGCUGAAAUCCAAGGAACUGGAGGAGGAUGAUCUUACCUGAGUUCGAAAGUUAUGAAAUGUUGUGUGGUUCUCCAUUUGUUCUUGAAGAUUGAAUUUUAUGAUCAUGGGCAAUGUACUGGUAUUAAAUUGUAGUUGUUUUUGGAUUUUUUUUUAAUCAGAGUGUUUUUGACUUUUUAUGAGCUUCGAUGGGAUUUAUGUAUGUAUAUUCGACAGCCAUGGUAUGAAUUGCCUUUGCUUCUAAAAUGUAUGGGAUUUAUGUUCACUUUUGACA